CUAUUGUCGAACUUCCAACCUUGAUUAUUAGGACCAGUUACUGACACAUGUCCCCCAUUGGGGAUACAGCCAUAAGGAAAGGAAGGAAGGAUCUCUGCCUCUACUCUAGUCUCCAUGCAUCAGCCACUGAUCAGCCACCAUUUUGGAGAAAGUUUUCAUAGAUUAAGUAGUCACGAGGAAAUCAAUUUCAACUAACUUCUACUUCUGUCCUAUGAAUUAUAAUUUUUGGAUGUAAACGGAUGUCUUUGAAACAUGGUGCGUCAUAACAAUCAACUUCCUGACAAUCUGCCUCAACUGCAAAAUUUAAUCAAGCGAGAUCCUGAGUUAUAUAAAGAAGAAUUUCUUCAACAAUAUAAUCAUUAUAAAUCUACAGUCGAGGUCUUUCGUUUGACACCAAAUAAGUACAACAAGAGCCUGGAUGAAUUGUCAAUGUUUCUAGCUCAAGUGGCUCAUUGUUACUCGGACAUACUGAAGAUGUAUCCCCAGAAGCUAAUUGAUAUUCUUGAAACUCAUAAUACGAUUCUGGACAGUGAAAUGCGGAUG